AUGGCGCCGAAUGAUACAGUUUUCAGCCUCGUUACGGCUGAUCCAGGCCUACCGCGACCCAAUCCCACCGAAUCCUAUUGGCAACAUAUUCCACAUGCUCUCGCCGACGUCCAAUCCUCAAAAUUGCCAACUGACCGAGAUUUUGCAAUCAUUGGGUCCGGUAUCACGGGUCUAUCGGUAGCUAGAUCCCUCUUGGAACGCCACCCUACUGCCACAGUAACUGUUCUCGAAGCCCGUACGCUCUGUUCGGGUGCGACUGGGCGCAAUGGUGGACAGAUGGCUGCGAAUGCUGGAGAGCAGUAUAUGAAUCUUGCAGAAGCUCACGGGGUCGAGACGGCGGGCAAGAUUGUGGACUUUACAUUCCGCAAUUUGGAGAAGAUGCAGGAAUUGAUUGAAGAAUAUGAUGCCGUGGAGUUGAGCGAGAUGCAACGUCUGCGGAAGCUACGAGUCUUUUUGACCCAGGGGAAGUUUGACGACUUCAAGAAAAGUAUCGCCCGGCUGGAAAUCGAUCAUCCUUCUAAGAAGGGGCUAUAUACAAUUUUAGAUGCGGAUGCUGUGCUCAAGGAAUACGGAAUUCAUGGAGCAUCUGGAGGAACACUGCUUCCUGCUGGGACAGUCUGGCCAUAUCGUCUUGUCACCAAAGUUUUCGCGGCACUCUUGGAAAAAUACCCAGGUCGCCUGACAAUUGAGACACAUACACCGGUUGAGUCUGUUGAGCACAUUUCAACACUUGCCUAUCCGUAUACACUGCACACUUCUCGCGGUCCACUACGAGCACGGACUGUAGUUCAUUGCACCAAUGGCUACAGCGGACAUCUCCUUCCUCACCUAAGAGGGCUUGUCUAUCCUUUCAAAGGGACAAUGACAGUUCAAGAUCCGCAGAAUGCUGUGCCAAAUCAAGGCACAGCUGUGUCAUGGGGCUUCCACUACCCUCCAACCUAUGAUCCUGCAACCCAACGUCUUGGAUUUGGACUGUACUACCUAGGACAGAGUGCAAAGACCGGCUAUUUCUACUUCGGCGGCGAGCAUGCGCGUUUUGAUGAAUCAUUAUCCGCAGAUGACAGCUUUGUGACCGACGACUCCGUGAAGCACUUGGAAGACGUCCUCCCACGAUUCUUUGGCAAAAACGACAAAUCCGAUUGGCGUCUGGUCAGUUCCUGGAGUGGAGUUAUGGGUUAUUCCCCUGAUGGUCUGCCAAUUGUUGGGCGAUUGUCACCGGAGAUGACGGGGAGGGGAGGGGACGGCGAAUGGAUUGCUGCUGCAUUCAAUGGAUACGGUAUGGCAAACAGCCUGCUGAGUGGCGAGGCGUUGGCUUUGAUGAUUCUGGGUGAGGAUGUCAGUGAUUGGCUCCCAGUUUCAUAUGGACUGGGCGAAAAGAGACUCCGAGAGACGCUCACAGUCUCAAGGGCCGUCAAUGGACUAAGGUCGAAGCUAUGA